AUGCGAGUGGCGACAUGGCUGGCGGCGGUGGUGUGGCUGGCGGCGGUGGUGUGUGUGGCGCCGGGCGAGGGUCUGCGCGAGGGCGACCGGGUGAGCAUGCUGGUGCGCAGCAAGGUGGGCACGCGCGAGAGCCACUGGACCGAGGUCAUCCACGACCACACACCGCUGUUUGGCGUCGAGCGAUCGGUCAAGCUGUCGGCGCUGUCACUGCUGCCGACUGCCACUGGCGGCAAGCCGUACAAGAUGGCGUUCCUGUUUGGCGGCGGUGAGACAUAUGGGGCGGCGCCGCAGGCCACACAGUGGCUGACGCUGUCGGACGGCCGUGGGCAUCGCGCCGCCUUUGUCACCUUUUCGUUCAACGUGGUCGACGGCCGCAUCGCCGGCGUGGUCGCCGACGUUGACUACCACGCUGCUGGCUGGUCGCCGCCAGCCGACGACGACGCCCAUAGCGUCGGCUCGGUCCUCUUCCACUACCGCUGGAUCAAGUCGUCGGCAGAGUCACCGACCCGGGCCUUGGGCGUGGUGAGCCUGCUCUCGUUUGUCUCGUCGCUGGGCAUGAUCCUCGUCGCUGGCCACACAUUGAUGUCACCGACGGCCGAGUCGGCCCCGGCCGCGACUUCGUUACCGCGCAAGAGUGAGUAG